AUGUGGAGCUCCCUGGGGCCUCUCUGGGCAUUGCUGGUGGUGGUUGUGACCUCGUGUGAGGGGCUGAAGGUGACCCCGGCUGUCAAGUACACGAAGCCGAAGCCCCCCCAGCCGGUGGCCUCUCGCCCCCCUCCCACCCUUCUCCCGGGGAAAAUGCCCGUCCCAGCGGCUCCUGCUGGACCUGAGUUACCCACCCCGAGCCGAGGGGCCACCACCAUCUUCCCCUUCGAGAACUACACCCUGGACACGGCCGAGUUCUUCUUCAACUGCUGCGACUGCUGCCCCCCUUCCGCGGGGCCCCGGGGGCUGCCGGGGGAGCAGGGACCCCCAGGUCCCAAGGGGGACAAGGGAGAUGAUGGCCUGCCAGGUCUGCCAGGAGCUCCGGGUCCUCAAGGGCCAAAAGGUUCCAAAGGAGAAAGAGGAGGAAAAGGGGAGCAAGGAGAGCGAGGAGCAAGUGGAAACCCUGGUUAUCCAGGCAAACCUGGGCUGCAAGGUGAAGCUGGAGCCAAAGGCAAUAAGGGCAGCUACGGCUUCCCUGGGCUGAAGGGACAAAAGGGGUCCAAAGGGGACACUUGUGAGAACGGGACCAAAGGAGCCAAGGGGGACAGGGGGGAUCCUGGAGACCCAGGAGCCGUGGGAGAACAGGGUGACAAAGGGGAAAAGGGGGACACAGGGGAGAAGGGGUAUUGUGGGGAGCCAGGGGGGAGAGGGGCGAAGGGAGAGAGAGGGGAAGGGGGCACCAAGGGGGAAAAAGGGAGCAAAGGGGACACGGGGGCCGAGGGGAUGCGGGGGCUGGAUGGAAAACAGGGAGAAAAGGGCGAGAGGGGCACGAAGGGUGAGAAAGGGGACCUGGGCCCCGCUGGCAUGACGGGACCCACCGGUCCCAAGGGGGUGGCAGGCAGCAAGGGGGGCCGGGGGGCGCCGGGCAAGAAGGGCUCUCGCGGGGCCAAGGGCGCUCGCGGGGACGCCACCAAGGCCCCGAGGUCGGCCUUCAGCGCCGGGCUGUCCAAGCCCUUCCCUCCUCCCAACGUGCCCAUCAGGUUUGACAGGGUCCUGUACAACGAGCAGCGGGACUACGACCCUUCCACCGGCAAGUUCAACUGCACCGUGCCCGGCACCUACGUCUUCGCCUUCCACCUGACGGUGCGCGGGCGGCCGGCCCGCGUCGGCCUCGUGGCGCGCACCAGGAGGGUGGCCAAGGCCAGGGACACCGUCCACGGGCAGGAGAUCGACCAGGCCUCCUUCCUGACCAUCCUGAAGCUCAGUGCAGGGGACCAGGUGUGGCUGGAGGUGGCGCGGGACUGGAACGGGGUGUACGCGGGCGCGGAGGACGACAGCGUCUUCACGGGCUUCCUGCUCUACCCGGACGCUCUCGAGGCCCUCAGGUAG